UAGUCAAGCUAGCCGUUAGUCAAGUCGAGGCAGAGCGGUAGGUGUCGAACUUUAUAUCGCAGAUCCAGCGGAUCAAUUAUCUCACAUGCCACAAAAAUUUGUGAUAAUUCCAUCUAUCAUUACUCCGAGGCUAACUCGCACAGUGAUUUCCUGAAUGGACAGAGCAAAUGACAAUAAAUGGAUGAACUACCUAGUCUUUGUCUUUCUCACCUACAACUCCGGCGACGCCGUCUACCGCUCGAUGCACGACUUCUCCUCCGUCGCCUUCAUCACGACCUCCUACCUCGACUUGCUCCUGCUCUUUUGGUGCUUGCGCAAGUUCGAGACCUCGGCAGAGGAAAACAGAGGAUGGCUUAGAGCGGCGGUGUGGGUUCUGGCGACUCUGCUCACCGUCAUGUUCUCCGGCAAGGUGGCCGCCGUCAUGCCGUGGCCGGUGUCACUGGUCGUAUACGGUAUGGCGGCCGUGACGGCAGUCGGUGGCUUCUGGGCUUUCUUUAUUAAGCCACAGCCCGUGCGUGAUAAUUAGAAGGUGAUAAUUGUAUCUAGUCUUUAUUCCCAGCCUUAUAUUAAGUUUAAAAUGUUUCGGAUCAAAAUUCGAAUUUACUAAGUUUGGGGGGAACCUAUGAAAUAAUAUCAUCAAUAAAUAAUAUAUAUUACACUA